GGACGGAAGCGAUUGGUCCCGCCCCUCGCUCGGUCGCUGGGUUGGUGCUGCGUGAGGCCUCCCCGCCCCCCUGCACUGUUCCUUCGGGCCCUGUCGCGUCGGGAUGAGCCGCGCUUCCCCAUGGAGACCAGACGGGUCGAGAUUCCCAGCAGCGUCCUGGACGAUCUGUGCAGUCGAUUUAUUUUGCACAUUCCAAGUGAGGAAAGAGACAAUGCAAUCAGAGUGUGUUUUCAGAUUGAACUUGCCCAUUGGUUUUACUUGGAUUUCUACAUGCAGAACACACCAGGAUUACCUCAGUGUGGGAUAAGAGACUUUGCUAAAGCUGUCUUUAGCCAUUGCCCUUUUUUACUGCCUCAAGGUGAAGAUGUGCAAAGGGUUUUGGAUGAGUGGAAGGAGUAUAAAAUGGGAGUACCCUAUGGUGCAAUUAUUCUUGAUGAGACACUUGAAAAUGUACUGCUGGUUCAAGGAUUAGCAAAGUCUGGCUGGGGAUUUCCAAAAGGGAAGUAAAUAAAGAAGAGGCUCCACAUGGACUGUGCAGCUAGAGAGGUGUUUGAAGAAACUGGCUUUGAUAUCAAAGAUUACAUCUGCAAAGAUGACUACAUUGAACUACUCAAUGAUCAGCUAGCACGCUUGUACAUCAUUCCAGGAUGUUCCAAAGGACACAAAAUUCACCCCAAAACCAGAAGAGAAAUUCGGAACAUUGAAUGGUUCUCAAUUGACAAAUUACCAUGCCAUAGAAAUGACAUGACCCCAAAGUCCAAGCUAGGUUUGGCACCUAACAAGUUUUUCAUGGCCAUUCCCUUCAUCAGACCAUUGAGAGACUGGCUUUCUCGAAGGUAUGGGGACUCCUCUGAUAGUGACAAUGGAUUUUCGUCCACUGGGAGCACACCAUCCAAGCUCAACAUGGAGAAAACAAGAUCUAAACUUCGUUAUAGCCAGCAGGUGUUUACAGAUGGCUCUCCAGGAGACCAGUGGACAAAGUACAGACAACCACAGCAACAGAAGCCAUGUAACAAUCAUUCUGAGAUGUCUGAAGCUCUAAAAAUAAAGAACAUGAGGGGUAAUGGUAGAAAGCAAUAUCAAGACACUUCUAACCAAAAGAAGAGGACAAACGGGGUCCACAGUCAGCCAAUGAAACAGAACCACACAUUGAAAUGUGAGAAAAAGCUUAAUCCAAGAAGACUUCAGGAUAACUUUGAAACAGAUGCAGCUGCGUAUGAUGUGUGUUUCUCCAUUGAAGACCUGCUGGAACAUACAGAGGCACACUCUGUAGCAUGUAAUGGUCAUUACAAAAUCACUUUCUCAUCAAGAGCUUUCUUGAGCUUCAAGUUUGACCAUGAUGCCAUAAUGAAAAGUUUUGACCUCUGACAGCAAACCUGUUAUGGAUGAACAAAAAUCAAAGACUGAUCUUUUGCAGUUGAGUGGGUUUCUAAUCCAGCCUUACUCCUUCUCAGGUGUUUUUAUUUUUUUAUUUUUAAAGCAAUGCAGGGACUGAAUGAUGAUGAUUGGAAAGGAUUCAUUCUUUUUGCAGUAUGGAAGUGGCAUAGUGAAGUGUCGCACUUUAAAUGCAGUUCUGCCUUUAUCCACAAAAGUACCUUUCCAGUGUUUGGUUCACUAGUUCCUGCUGUUGCAUGAGAGGGCAUUUUUUUUUUUUUAACUUUGAAGUAUUUUAGUGUUGGCUGUAUACUAACACACUAAACUUUGAACCUGCUCCGAUGUAAAGUUGUUGGAACACUCAGUCUUUAUUUUUUAGUACUUUGCUGUAGUAUAGCAAUUAAAGUAAUUCUCAGAGGACACCCAUCUUCUCUAUCCCAGCAAUGUUGAAAUCUUGGAGCGUCUGUGCUUUUAAAAAAAAAAAAAUUUUACAAAUUUCAAGUCUACUAGUUUGACCUCAUGUUUGCAGUUCUCUUCUUCUCUCCGGUUGUCUGCCGAUGUUCUCUCCUCUCUAUCAUGCUCCAACUCAUUUCAGAAUGACUUACAGUCAGUAGAAUUCAAAACUAAAUCCAUGGGGUCCCAUUCUGCCCUGACUUGCACCUUUUCCUCGACUGUCUUCGGUGGGGAUGCGCUUGCUGAACAGAACUUGGCCUUUCACACUUACUUGUUUCUGUUCUUCCUUUAUGUCCAUUAGAACUGUUCUCCAAUAGCAGAAAAUGGGUGCAAGCCUUCUUUCACUUGCAGCUGCUUUUAAGAUGCAGAAAGGAAAAGCUAAAUUUUGUGGAAAGGGCAUUCUUAUAUAUACUAAACAUUUGUAGUUGCUGAAUGUAAAUAAGCCUCUGCAGGUCCUGCUGAAGGAAGGGGAGGAUUGAGGCAGAUGUGUGGAUGACUAGAGAACGUCAUGUGCCACCUAAUGGUUUAGUCAAGUUUGCAAUAACUGUUAUAAGUGUCCAUUAUUGUGUUCUAUACUGUUGUCCUUGGAGGUGUCUAGUGUAAUUGUUCUCUCUCUCUCUCUCUCUCCAAUAGUACUGCAUUUGAUAUUGCACUUGCAUCUUAAUAUCUGAAAACUGUAACUAAAAAUGAAUGAGGCUACAGCCUUUUAAUAAUAAGUAUAUCAAAGAUGUGAAAAAAUUAGCAGUAGGAAUGCAAAUGAUAUUAAGUGGGGGGAAAAAAAUCACUGGUCAUACAUUCUUGCAUCAUGAUUCACUUGAGAGAGUAAAAUAUACAUUUCAAAAGCAUUUUAUUGGGGAUUGGGGGCAAAUGAAACUCCUCACUUGUCUCAGCAGCCAUUACCUAUAUAUAUAUAUAUAUUUUUUUUUUAAGUGGAUGGUUUUCCAAAAUUAAGGUAGGUGGGUGUGAUGUGUAAUUUGGAGGACUGAAUGACUAAAUUGUCUUCUAUCAAUGGCUGUUCCAAGGCUUCGUACAUUCUCUGACCACAGAAGAUAUGUUCACCCACAGACAGCCUUCUAUAUCUUUGGUGUGGAAUCCACAAAACACAAUCCCUGUAUUCUUGCAAACACCCUAUAAUAUCUAUUAUCUUAUAUUUGCCCUCAAUAAAUAGCAAGUUAGCUUAUUUUUAUAUUCUAAUCUUUUCAUCCCUUUGGGCUAGGGAAUCUAGUAAUUUUCGGUUGUUAAAACAUUUCCCAUUAGCCAGGAAAGCUGGACUCCUGUAUCAGUUAACAGGAGAAAUAGAUUCCAGUUUUUCCAUUUGGAUAAGAAAGUCUUACAACAGGUCAGUUUACUUUUAGAAUAGUUUUUCUUCAGUCGUUGAAGUGACUCUCUUUUUCUUCACUCUGGUGUGGUGGUGGCAGUGGGUUGAUAGCCAGAAAUAAUGUUCAGAGGUUGCUUAAAUCAGAAAGGCCCAGAUCCUCAAAGUUAUUCGGGUUUCUUAACUUCCAGUAAUGUCAGUGGGAGUUAGGUGUCUAAUACCUUUUGAAGAUCUGUGCCUAAAUGCAUAUGUCCUGUUAUUUUUAAUUGAGUGGGAUGAAUAGUAAAGUUGGGGGGGUGGGAGGGAGGGAUGAAUGUGUCAAUUUACCUAUUCAGAUCCAAAUGAAAACCAAAGUUUUGUUCAGUCCUCUUAGUCUAAGUAGUUGAUUUCCCAGCAAUAAGUGUCUAGCUCCUAAGGAAUCAGAAGUUAAUACUCUAACCUCCAGGCUGCUAAUGCCAGUGAGUUUAAUGAGAUUCUCAAUGCAUGAUUAAAAAAUCAAGCUUUGGAAAUCUUUAUUUCUGAUAGGUAGGUUGACUUUUCAAAUAUGUCCCUUUUAUGCUUCUUCACUUAAUGCACCAUGGAAUAAUAAGGAGAAGAUUUAUAGAGCUGUGUGAACUUUAAACUUCACUUGAUGACAGUUUGGGAUGUGAAAUGGCUCAUAGCAAUAUUAGAAGAGAGUGCAUAAAUGGGAUAUGCCUUACUGGGAUCACUAAGUGUAGAUUUUUUUUUUUUUUUAAAGCAAAAGUUUUCAUUAAUUACAAAAAUACCUGGCUUCCUCACUGACUAAUCCCAAACAAAGGCUGCAGAAAACAGGCCUGAUUUUUAUGAAAUCUAGCAUCAGUGUGAGAGUUAAAAAUAAAUUUGAUAAAUAUGCAAUAAUUUCUAUUUCUUUGUGUACAAGGUACUGUUUCAGAAAUAUGAAUUCAGAAUGUUCAUAUUUGUAUUGACAUAGUUUCCUCCUUUCUUGAGGUCUCAAACAGCUUAUUAAAUGUGUUUUGUAUAUGACCUGCAUUUGGGUUUCAGGGUGCCCUGCACUGUGAACGUUUCAGAUUGUUUACUCUUACUAGUUCUGUAUGUCCUUUUUGUGUGUUUCAUGUUCAAAAUGUUAAAUGAAUCAUUUUAUACUUGUAUUCCAAAGUGUAGGAGUACACCUUACAGGAAUGUCUGUAAAAGAGUGAAGAAAUAGCAAAUGGAUGAUUGAGUUUCAUUCAGUGGAUUUUUUUUUGUUUUUGAGAGUGUGUGGGCAUUUGGAGAGGCAAGAUUAUCUAGUGAAAUUGGUUGUGAAUGGACUUCAGAGAUCUAAGCACUUGUUGGGGUGAAGAUGCUUGAAAAGUAAGCAUGUCAGUCUACUGUGCUUGGAAUAAAACAAGUUGCAACACUCACCUGCAGUUGCUAAUCACUCAUCUGUAACCUUGAAGUUAAGACUCUCAUGAAAUUGAGGAAGAAUGUUUAAUGGACAAAAAGCUCAAUGCAGGUACUGGAAAUUCUGGAAUUAGUUCACAUAGCAGUCUCUAGUACUACGUAAACAGUAAUUUAUUUUAGUUAUUUAGUGCAGUUGUAUGCAUUUUCCCUCCAGUUCUUUUUAUGCAGUGUGUGGGGUUUUGGUUUUUAAUUUUUUGAGGAUUUUGUGACUAUAGGCUAAUUUAGCAUGUUUUGUAACUUGGUAGUCUUUAAAAAUUUCCAUUUUUCAAUACACGUGUGGUAUUGAAUCCUGCACAGAGUUUGAGGUAUGGAGAUAGAGGUAUGGAGGGGGAAAAAUAUUUUAUUUUAUUUCACAAUUAAAAGCUUCCCUUUCUGUAUGUUUAGAUUGUAGUAAGUCUCUCUCUCUCUUACAAAACUACAGGUUUACAUGCUGUGUUCUGAUCGUAGUUUACUUUGGAGAUCUACAAAAACAAUUCACUGUGUUUAUACUCUCUGUUUUAAAAUGCUGCAUGUAAUGUUAAAGCAAACUAUGUAGUCUGGCUAUUCCUAACAUGUUUCCAAUCAGAUUGUCAUUUUAAUAUGAAAAGUGCAUUUUCUUCUGUGAUCACUGAUUUGAAGUGGUUUUUUUCCAGUGUGAUUUGCCCUCCUCUCCCCAGCCCCCACUGCCCUCAUCUCUGGCUGGCCUGAAUCAAGCUCUAUAUCUGUGUUGGUACUUGAGGUGUUACUGUUGGGCCAUAUGGCCAGUUUUAUAGUGUUAGCUCAGUGAGCUUUUCAUUUUCAGCUACCUGAUUCAAAUCGUGAUUUAAUAAAUCAUACUGACUUCUUCAGUCUAGGAGCUAGAAUGUCUUGAAUUAUUCCAGUGUCUUUUCUCUGGCUAACCCCAAGGUGCACUAAUCUUGUAAAACUACAUUUACUGGAAUUUAUUCUAAUCUAUAUUGGGAAGCCAAAAUUUUUGGAAAAGUAUGCUUGUGGGAUAGCGUAAAUCUCCUUUAUAGACUUUAGUUUGCAAUUUAAACAUAGGCACAAGAUGAUGAUGUUUUUAGUUUUGUUGAUAGAGGUUUCAAACUGCUUUUGGAAUUGCGCUAGACCAAUGAUUUUUUUUUUUUUCAACCUUUUUUAUUUGUGGACCCUAAAAAAUUUUGAAUGGAGGAAAUCUUAGAUAUAGUCUGUGGGUUCCAAGGGGACUACAGAUCACAGGUUCAACACCACUCCCCUGGACUGAAUUUGAGUCCACUUCAGCAUUUUAGUGUUGAAGCAACCAAAAUAUUUAAGAUGUGGAGUUUAUACAUGAAAUUAAUUCACCCAUAAUAGAAAGUGCACUAUGAAGGCUCUCUUGCAGCAAAUGAGGCUUGGAAAGGUAAGCGCUGGUCAUCUUUUUUUUUUUAAAUGUUUGUAGCAGUGUUCUUAUUCAACAAUGGAAAGAGCAAGAGUGGGCUAAAAGCUAGUAUUUGCACUGUGUUUUAUACUGUACAUGAGCACUGAUAAGAAAUGCAGUGUUCUUUUCCAAGUGUGCAUUUCAGUACUGUUCCAAGUAAGUUUAUAAGCCUUACUGGGAGGGUGUGACACUGCAUGUGUAGCAGUUCCUUCCUUCAUGGUCACGUUCAGGAUCGUGCAAGAACAAAUGUCUCAAUUUUAAAUGUUCUUCUACUGACCUAAUGCUUGGGUUUAACUUUGCAUUUUUACUUUAAUCUAAAGUCACUGUAAACAUUGACUUUCAUGGUUUCUAAUGUGACUCCAGUUUUAAGACAAUCUGUAGGAAACAUGAACCAAAAUGAUGGUAUGUUCUGUAUUACAGAAAGGCCCUAUGCUCCUGAUAGUUUGCCAGCUAACACAUGCAGGAUAUUUGGGGAGGGAGCAGGAUGGGAUUUAAGGAGUUUUACUCAACUACUUGGGAAGGUAUCUCUUCAAAUGAUUUCUGGGUGAAUAGGAAGAAAAAACAUACCAUUUGGUAAUUCUGCAGGAAAAAAAGCUUGUGUGUAGAAGUAACUUUUGUUCAUAUUUAAUUUAACAAAACUAUACCAUGAAAUUGUUUAAAACAUUCAUACAGUAUAAAUUAUUUGUUCAAAAGGUAAAUUAUACAAAGAGGUGAAAACUUUUAAUUUGCUAGUCUCUAAUAUUAAGAUAUGUAAUCCAAACUUCAUAGUAAUAAGAUAUAGAAAGCAUGUUCUAAAUGUUGAAAGUACCACAAAUUUUGUGAUGAGAAAUUCAACAGAUUUUUUCAAAUGAGAUGGUGAUGUACAUAAAAUGCUAUAAUUAAAACUUAAUUUGCUUUCCUGAUUGUGACAAGAACGUGAUUGAAUCUUGUAAGCUCUCGAGGAUAUUUGAAUUAUUACAGUAGGAGGGGAUCACCUUUUAUUCUCGCCAGUUGAGAACAAUCCUGUUACAUAACAAAACUAUUAGAUGAAAUGGUAUGCUAAUAAAUCCUAAAAGCUACUUGAUUUCUAGAGAGCAAAUACAUUUGUCUUGUAACAGACAACCACAUACAAUAUCCAAAGAAAAAUUAUUCCAUGCUGUACAAAAAAUGUCUAAGUUCUGUGAUUGUCUUGCAGAAACUUAAGCAAUGACAGGGAUUAGUUCUGGGAUCAGGAAGUAUUCUGUUGUCUAGGCCAGGUAUGAGUAGUACUUUAAGAAUGCGGUCCAUCUUUACUGACUUAAAUAAAAUUUGUAGUAUUAUACUAAUUAAACACGCAAAGUUACAGGUUUUAUUUAGUUUCUGUGAGCUAGUCCUCAAGAGCACUGUUCAACUCUUCAAAUUUAGGUAAGAUCUGUAACCGAACUAACAGAUUACGUGCACUUUUGAAGCAUUGUGUACAUAUCACUGAUCCAGAAAUUGAAGCACAUUGUUUGUUAGAUAAUUAACAUUUAGAGUCAUUGGCUGUUUCUUUAAAGCAUUUUUUACUGUCAAAAUUACAAAGUAUUUGACUUUCUGGAUAAAAUUGUUACUGUAAUAAUGAAGUAUGAACAUAACUGUUGGUGGUUUGAAAUUUCAUGUCUGUGCUGCCUGGGGCAGCAGAAUACUUGUACUGCAGAAUGUUUUGACUUAUAUUGCCUUAAAUGCCCAUUAGUAGCACUGAUUCUACAUGUGCCACUUACAGGAGCAUAAAAGUUUUAUAGCAAGCAUUGCUAAAGUUAAAACUGACUGGAGCUGGAUUCUGAACUUUUUAAAGACCAAUGUGAGCAGGAUAUGUUUGGAACAUUGGCUGAGAGCAUUUACUGUCAAACCUCAAUCAGUGCUUUUAAAGUAUUUGUGAAAUGGAGUGGUUUGUCAUUAAAAGAAUCUCAUGUG